GGGCAGGCCGUGCCGUAAUUAGCGGCGCCGAAACGGGCAGGGACGUGCGGUGGCUUCACGGCGUGGCACGUGCUUCCUUUGGUGGGUGCCUAUUUCACACCUCCAACUUUCUAUUGCUUCCAUGUCAAAGGCAACAUAUAUGGAUUCAACAGAUCUGAGCUCUCUUCGAUACAGACACUCCAAUGUCUCUGCCGAAGAUCUGGAGAAAUAUUGCAAGGGUGGAUGCUGUCCCAUCGAUAUCGGCGACGAAAUCGCGGAUGGCCGAUUCAAGAUAGUGCACAAACUUGGCUUCGGUGGCUUCUCCACUGUUUGGCUCGCGCGAGACCGGACUAAGGAGCGCUAUGUUGCCUUCAAGGUCAUCGUUGCCGACCACUCGGAUUAGUACGAGUCGACUCCCAAGAUCUCGAGUCUCAUGCGGACGCAUCCAGCCUGGUUCGUGCCUGAACUGGAACGAUUGAACGUCGACAGUCGAAAUGGGCGUCAUCUCUGUCAAGUCUUUCCGGUUCUCGGACCAUCGCUCUACAAACUUACC